UUGGGCUUGACGUGAGGGGCUCUCCUUGAGCUCAGCACUGCCUCUGCCAUCCUCACGUGCCCUGCAGAUUUUGUGUCUCCAAGAUGCUCCUUGGUGGGAAACAGAGGAGAGGCAACGUCCUCACGAGAAACUUCCCUGCCAUUCAUCAGGACAGUCUGUGUACGGAACGCAGCCAAGCUAGGAGGGACCAUCAUCAGGUGAUUUCUUGGGCCAGGACAGCUGGCUGGGCCCAUAAGGGAGUGGCAGCUUUGCCCCUUGCCAAGGCUGCUCUGUCAAAAUAUUUGCCAAGGAAGUGCAGAAGCUUGACUCAGGUCAACCACACACCCAAGAAGUUGUGCUGAAAGUUGCUCAGAACAGAGGAACCUUUGCCUUCGGGAGGAAAAGUUGUGGAGAAGGGACUGUCAGCUGCAGAUGCUUGCUGGUCCCUGAGCCUCCCUCUGCUCAAAGGGCCUUGCGGUGGGGCCAAGGUACGGUCUGAUCCUGGGGCCGCUCCAGGGGCUGGAGAGAUUACUCUUUCCUAGGGUGCCGAGCAGCCUUCAUGGCCUCAAGCAGCGGGGACCGGGCUUUCUCCUCGACAGCUGCCAAUGGCAGCUUUUCUGGUUGCCCAAGAGCCCUUGUGGUCCUCGCCAUCCUCCUCUUCUGGCCACCCUCUCUUGCUUCCAGCUGUCCGGAUGUUUGCAGCUGCUCCUCAGGGGAAGUAAACUGUAGGGACCGUCGGCUGCGUUUUGUACCCGUCCGGGUGCCAAUGAAUGCCACCUCCCUUCUGCUGGACCGCAACUGCCUUGCUGCCCUCCGAGACCGCGCCUUUGUGGCCCAGAGAGGCUUGUGCCACUUGAGUCUAUGCAGCAACGUCCUGGCCAGGAUCCACCGCCUGGCCCUGGUGGGCCUCAGCGAGCUGCAGGAACUGGACCUGAGUGACAACUGCCUCGGCCUCUUGCACCCGGAGGCCUUUCUCCCUGUGCCCGGCCUGAGGACACUGAAGCUGGGGAACAACAAGCUGCUGAAGCUGGAUCCAGAGCUCCUGGGUGCCCUUCCCCGCCUCGAGGCACUCUUUGUCCACGGCAACGCUUUGGCCUCCCUCUCCCCUGGCUUCUUCGAAAACCUGCCCUCCUUGUCGCACCUGACACUCGAGGACAACCCCUGGACGUGCUCCUGCGGCAUCUGGCCCCUCUUCCGGUGGCUCGUUCAGAACACGGACAAAGUGCCAGAGGUGAAUUCAGUGACUUGCGCGCACCCAGCCUACCUCGCCCAGUGUCCUAUCUCUACACUUGGGAACAAAUCUUUUGCACAUUGUCAGGAGCUCUGGAUGCAUCUCCAAGACCACACCUUCUUCCUCCUCAUCGGCCCCUCCACUUUCCUGGCCAGCAUUUGUGUCUGCAUCCUUGCUGGCUCACUGGCGGUGGCCCGCAUGAAACUUAGGGCAGCCUAGUACAUUUGGCCAUGGGCUCUGGUGAGGUGUGUGGGGAACCCCCUGCAGUAAGCAGGUUUUGCUUCCCAACAGUCAUUCUUUUGCCCUCUUUCCCCAUCUCUUUGCUUGCAGAAUGGCAGGAUUAGCUGCAUAAUUUGUUUCUGUUUCAAGUGUUUUGUGCAUAAAAACCCAAAUCCUAUCUCAGCCAGUGAGUGGUCCUUGAUGGGAUGGAUUUGAACUUGUACAUAUUUGUCCCCAUCCAAAGAGCAAAGUUAGGAAUUCUGGUGUAAGAGCAGUGUGUAUUUGUAAAAAAGGUGGUCCAAUAGAGGAAAGGCCUGUGCCCAUUCUGCCACCAAGGUGGGGCAUGAGGCUCAUGCUGAUCCUGAAGCACCCUUUCCAUAUGAGUGUGUGGCAGAAUAUUUGUGUUUUCUGAAAAGAGCGGUGCACUCUUCUAUUUUCUUCCUAAACCUGGAGUAAAGUUUAUGCAACAAUCACCCCUUUGGGAUUUCUAUUUCUGUUCACCGUCUUGGUGCCUUAUCAGUUCUCCUCAGAAAGAGAGAUAAGAUAAAAUGGCGGCUGCCAACUGAAGGAUGACCAUGGCAUCUUAGUGCCCCUGGAAGUUUCCCUGGUGUGCUCUGUGCCCAUUACGCUCUCUGCCGCAGUUGCAAACGUC